AUGGCAGAUUUGGCAAGUCUGGUGCAGCGGCUGGAGGUGGCUGUGGGUCGUCUGGAGGCAGUGUCGGGCGGUGGCUCUGCUGGAGGCUCUGGAGGUAAUCUAGGAUAUUUCAUAUUGCAGCCCGUUUCACGCAAACACGGAUGCAAGAAAUCAUGGAAAGACUGAGACUGAAUUGAGAGUCCAGGUCCUAAUAAUGCUAAAGAAACUUCCACAGUACUAGUUCGGUAAAAGUUUGUUUUGUCUUAGAUAACGGAGGUAAAAUUUAAAACAUGACUCACAAGCAGAACAAACAGUGUAUAAACACUGGUAUCUCUGACAUUUCUCCCUGUUGCCACCCAUUCCUUGCAGUCGUGGCAGCUUACGUGGAGGCCUAUGAUGGCAUCAUCGCCGGCUCUGUUGCCCAGUACAUGACCCUCAGCCUGCAGAUAGGGGGCGACGUCCAGAAGCAUGUAAGUUGAAUUGCACUAGAGGGAGAAGUUGGCUAGUAAUGUUCCUCGCGUCUCCUGUCAUUCUUAUUGGUGGAUGUGAUACAAUUAACCAAACCUGGACCUUUUCUCAUCCCUUUCUCUCUGUCUCUCCCUCUCUCAGGCGGACAUGAUGAAGCAGGCAUUCUCAUGUCAGAGACAGCUCCUGGUAACCUCCUCCUGCUCCCAGAAGCCCUCUGAUGUGAGUUGGUUCACCCAUCAGCAAUCACCUUGACCCUACACAUGACAUAGUUUUCAGCAGAAUAGGUCAUUAUUUAGAUCAACUCAACAGUGUAUAUACUGUAAUUGUCUCAUUAACAGAUGUAUUGGCAAUGAAUCAGCAGUGUAGCAAUUGGGUCAACUGAUUCCAAUGGCAUGGUUUUCCUACAUUCUCUUGCCACAUAUUAUUCUAAGUAAUUAAUUGCACGUUAUUCCACCCUGGUUGGUGAUUAGAUUAUAUUUUGUUGUCAGGUGCAAAUACAUUCCUUUAUUUGCAUCUCUGGGAUGUUAUGAUUUAAGUCAUGGUUAUUUUCGCUCUAUAGGCAUCCUUGACCGCUCUCCUGGCCCCUGUCUCCAAAGUGAUCCAGCAGGUGCAGACGUUCCGCGAGCAGAACCGCUCCUCGCCCCUCUUCAACCACCUCUCGGCCAUCAGCGAAAGCGUUCCUGCCCUCGGCUGGGUCGCCAUGGUGAGGGAAGGGAGGGGAGGUGCUUGGCAUUGCCACCAGAGUGUGUGUGUGUGUGGGGUGUUUUGGCGGUGUGUAAUUGCCGGAAACAAACACCUCUUUAAUUCUGUAGAAGUCUGAGAUUUGGCAGUGAAAUUGAAACAAAGUCCCUUUAGCAACAGUGCAUCAGUGUUGAAACUCUGGAAUUAUGAUGAUCAUUUUGAGUAAUGAAUAUGAAUGAGAACUGCUGCAUUGUAAUCUGAUGAAUAAUGAACAAAGGCAAACCUAGACUUUGGGAUGCCAGUGGAUGCAACGCACGCAUCUAAAACCCAUUGGAAGCCAUCACAUGAGCUGUGUCCACACAGGCUGUUUUGAAGAGCAAUAACUCUCCUGCGACGUUCAUUCUCUUCCAGGCUCCUAAGCCAGGUCCCUAUGUGAAGGAGAUGCAGGAUGCUGCCCAGUUCUACACCAACCGUGUGCUCAAGGACUACAAGGAGAAGUAAGGACCAUCUGCUGUUUGUUGUCCUUAUAACCUUUUUCUGACUGCCAAGUGGGCAGCAGGUAGCCUAGCGGUUAAGAGCGUUGGACCAGUAACCGAAAGGUCGCUGGUUCAAAUCCCCGAGACGACUAGGUGAAUAAUCUGUCGAUGUGCCCUUGAGCAAGGUGCUUAACCCCAAUUGCUCCUGUGAGUCGCUCUGGAUAAGAGCGUCUGCUAAAUUACACACAAAAAAAGAUAAGGCCCCUCUGUAGUACUGUAUAUUUUCUUCAUCCUUUGGUCUCCCUCCUGUUGUGCUAAACUAAAUUGCCUUGUGUCCUACUCCUCAGGGACCAGAAACAUGUGGACUGGGUUAAGGCCUACCUGUCUAUCUGGACUGAGCUGCAGAACUACAUCAAACAGCACCACACCACUGGACUGGCCUGGAGCAAGAGCGUGAGUCGUUUUACCCUACUCUCUCUCUCUCUCGCUCUACUUUUCAUGUCACUACAGGAGGGUUACACUUCAUCAGCUGCUCAUAAACAACAGACUUAGUGCUGGGGGAAGGGAAAGGUGAUCCUAACCGUUACCAUAUGAGUGAAGUAAUGACAUAGGCUUAUUUAGGAAGGUGGAACGGUUCCGAAUAGAAACGUUCUAAUUAUGUUUAUCGAACAUGCAUGAAGAUCUGUCAUGCAGAAUAUGGAAUCAUCAAACUGGGCUCUGCUUGACUUUUCUAUCAGCACAUUACUAAAUAUCACACCCAGUUGUCAAGUAAUGUCUUUGGUUUUAUGUUAUAAAAACAAAUAAAGAGAGUCGCACACUCUAUGAAUAAACUCCCAGUAAUUUAUUGGGUAAGAAACCACCAAGGUUUCGGCAUCACUGUGCCUUCUUCAUCGCUGUGCCGCCUUAGGUUUAAUGUGCAACAAGAAGGCUGUGUGUGUGCUAGAGAGGGCGAUGGGAAAACCACCAAUGUGUUGGUUUCUUGUCAGCCCUUUUCUAUCUGCACAGUUCCAAACAUUGCGCCUUAUUGAAUUAGACCCAGUUGUUAAGAACAGGAAAUGACCAUGUCUAGGGAUGUAUAUAACCGAUGUGCUGUCUGUUUUGUCUAUUCCAGGGUCCAGUAGCCUCGGCCUCUGCAGCUCCCCCUCCCCCUGCCGGUGGCGCUCCUCCUCCCCCCGGCCCUCCUCCCCCUCCCAUGGACUUCAGCGGGUCAUCUGGCGGUGGCGGAGACCAGGGGCCUGACACCCGUAACGCCCUCUUCGCCUCCCUCAACAAGGGAGCUGACAUCACCAAGGGUACGCGUCGAAAUAUGCAUCAUCAAAAGUUCUCAAGAAUCAGAAGCUCAAUUGAUUAAGAAGUACUUUGAAACAUACAGAGCUCACUUGAAAAAUAUGUAAAUCUCAAUGUGACUUACUGGGUUGAAUAAAGAAAAUAAUACAAUGCGAGAAGCAAAUUGACCCCAGGCCUUACAUUCAUUAUACAGAGCCUCCCAUUAUGUAAGGGCAUUUCUCCUUGUCUACCAGCACAGUAGCACCAUGUCGCACCCAUCUUAUAGUAUAUUUGCGCUUACUGUAUGUUACUCUGGAUAAUAGUGUCUGGUAAAUGACAAAUAUGUCAAUAUUUGUGUUCCCCUCUCCUUCCUACCUUUACUUUUUGUCCCUAGGCCUGAAGCACGUGCCCAAAGACCAGAUGACUCACAAGAACCCCAACCUGAGGACCCAGACCGGUCCGGUGCGCACAGGGCCCAAGUCCUUCAGCUCCCCCAAGACAGCCGCCACCCCCACCCCCUCUCGCAAGCUGCCCCCCGUUCUGGAACUUGACGGCAAAAAGUGGAAAGUGGUGAGAUUUUGGUCCUUGUCAAGUAGUUUACGCUGGUAUACGGUGGUAACAGUGUGUUAGAACGCUUCGUCAGUGCACCACAUCUGCUUCUCCGACCGUCAGUUCCUCCUAUAGGAAAAAGGUUCCUAUAGGCAAUGUUCUCUCUCCACAGCCCCUUAAAGUAACUGUCGAGUGAAAAUCUCACUUUUAAAAGUUCAUAUUCUGUUAAUUCAUACCCAAAUAAUGUUGUUGACUUAUCCUAUACUCGUAUUUGUGGCCAAAGCAUAAAUUGGAGAAUAAAACACUUUAAAAAAAGAAAAAAGAAAACACCUCAAACAUAUAUUUCAAACAAAAUGCUUGCUAUUUCCUCAUGAUGAGCUGGCCAAUCAGCAGUCUACUCACGUUCAUAUUUUGAAUGGCCGGUAUAUGCCACACCAUUAUGUUGUUUGGAUACGCCCACAACAUUCCAACACAGAGAAGCCGCUUUUUAACAUAUUUAAUUACCAUUGUUUGGAAGGAAGACUAUGGUCAUCUUUCAAAGAAAUCUGGAAAACACUGGACAGUUACUUUAAGGACUUAGCUGUAUUUCCCAACACAUGUAACGUUAGGUAACACAACAGUGUUUCCAAACAGUGGUGUGCACGACUCCUUUUGGUUUGCAGCCAUAAAUAUUGGCUUUGUUUACUUGGUACAUCAUGGGGAAAUGUUAAAGGCUUUAUAUUUAUAAACCACUUGGUUUACUAUGAAAUAAUCUACUAUAUAAGCAGAGUUUCAACUACAGUGAACUCAUGGUAGGCCGUCAUUGUAAAUAAGAAUUUGUUCUUAACUGACUUGCCUAGUUAAAUAAAGAAAUAUAAAAUAAAAUAAAUGAUGGGCACAUUUCAGGUAAGUGGGCUGUUGGUUUGCCCCUGAAAACUGAAUGCACGGGUUUCGCAUGCACUGAUCACAACAGUCCUGAACCAUUGCAUUUUCAGGAGUGGAGUGUAUUUCCUCUCUAACCCCUAACCUCUCUUCCUCUGUGUAAUGACCUAUAGGAGAACCAUGAGGGUGCCCAGGGCCUGGUGAUCAGUGACACAGAGCUCAAGCAGGUGGUCUACGCCUUCAAGUGUAACAACAGCACCCUGCAGAUCAAGGGCAAGAUAAACUCCAUCACUUUAGGUAAGGGCGUACCCAUGUGUGUCUGUCCGUGUGUGUUCGUGCAUGGACACAUUUAAAGUAAAAAGGCAACAAAGGGCAUUUGUUAAUAUGGUUCCUCUCUUGCAGACAACUGUAAGAAACUGGGUCUGGUCUUUGACGAUGUCGUGGGCAUUGUAGAGAUUAUCAACUGCAGAGACGUGAAGGUCCAGGUGUGUAUUUCUAAAAUCGAUUAAUGCGAAAAUGGACACUGUGUGAAAGGGGCUGGUCAUUCAAAGGCAAUGAACAUGGUGAUAUCACACAACGGUGACAACAGAUCAUAUCAGCUUUUGUCUGAUUUAUCGUUUACAUAUUACAAGUUUCCAGUUUGAUUGCGGGUGUGACAUUUUACAGAUGACUUUGCAUGUUAUCUAAACUUUUAUGGCUGUUUUAUCUCUGCACAGUACCCAACAGAUUAUUUCAUCAUAGUUGAAUCACGCUUAACCCUCUGGUGUGUUCAGGUCUUGGGCAAGGUGCCCACCAUCUCCAUCAAUAAGACUGACGGUUGCCACGUGUACCUGAGCAAAGAUUCACUGGAGUGUGAGAUCGUCAGUGCCAAGAGCUCAGAGAUGAACGUGCUGGUACCUGGCAAAGACGGAGACUAUGUGAGUACAUCUAUGGGGGAAUCUUGUCUAUCUAAUUGGCAUUAUAAAGGCAAUUAUGUAACAGUUUAUCAUCACAUGUAUUACAAACAUUUCUCCUUGGUCUCUCUCUUAGACUGAGAUCCCUGUUCCUGAGCAGUUCAAGACUGUCUGGGAUGGCAAGAAGCUUGUCACUACUUGUACAGAGAUCGCUGGAUAG